CGCAGAGAUAGUUGAGGAGAGCUGGUUUGGUGGGCACCCAAUGCCACUCGUUGCGCGUCUUGUAAUUUGGAGAGGCGUAUGCAACGCACGGCCAGUUCGCCUUUCCAGGUGGAAAUCCAGGAGGAGCCGAGAGCAAUUUUGAACCGGGACCACUGCUACUGAACCCGGUUCAGGACAGGUGAAAUUCCCAGCAGGCUGCAGUUUAAGGGCCACGGGAUCGAUUGUUCUUCAAGUGCGGGGAUCAGCGAACGCAAACUAUCCGCUCUGGACAUGGAUAAAGGCCAGUGGCUGAAGCGAGGAGGCUGAACUCGGGAUUUCCAGGGAUGUUUACGCACGUUGGAUUCACAUGUUUACAUCCGUUCUUCGCCUAUAUUUAUAUAUAUUUUAAAGUUAAUCUGAAUAAAACAAACAGACAAUGAAAACGAAGCAAAGCCGAUUGUUGCUGCUCUAAACCGCCGUUAGUUGAGACGCGUGAGGACAUCCUACAGAGGCGCCGAAAAUGAAGGAGAAAUCCAAGACGGCCGCAAGGACUAGACGAGAAAAAGAGAACAGCGAAUUUUAUGAACUGGCUAAAAUGCUCCCUCUUCCGUCGGCCAUUACCUCCCAGCUCGACAAAGCCUCCAUAAUAAGGCUGACAACAAGCUACCUAAAGAUGAGGAUUGUUUUCCCGCAGGGUCUUGGUGAGGCGUGGGGACACACGAGUCGAACAAGAUCUUUGGACAAUCUCGGCCGGGAGCUCGGAUCUCAUUUAUUGCAGACGUUAGAUGGAUUCAUAUUCGUGGUGGCUCCGGAUGGGAAGAUUAUGUACAUCUCAGAGACAGCGUCGGUCCAUUUAGGACUGUCUCAGGUAGAGUUGACCGGGAACAGUAUUUAUGAAUAUGUCCAUCCUGCCGACCAUGAUGAAAUGACUGCCGUGCUGACGCCACAUCAGCCCUAUCACUCACAUUUCGUACAAGAAUAUGAAGUGGAACGUUCUUUCUUUUUGAGGAUGAAAUGUGUGCUGGCAAAAAGAAAUGCAGGACUAACCAGUGGAGGAUACAAGGUCAUCCACUGCAGUGGUUACCUGAAGAUCCGUCAGUACAGUCUGGACAUGUCACCUUUUGAGGGCUGCUACCAGAAUGUGGGACUGGUGGCUGUGGGUCACUCGCUGCCGCCCAGCGCUGUGACGGAAAUAAAACUGCACAGCAACAUGUUUAUGUUCAGGGCCAGUCUGGACAUGAAGCUCAUUUUUCUGGACUCAAGGGUAGCUGAGCUGACGGGUUAUGAGCCCCAGGACCUUAUAGAGAAAACAUUAUACCAUCAUGUCCACAGCUGCGAUAUUUUUCACCUCCGCUGCGCUCAUCACCUCUUGCUGGUAAAAGGCCAAGUCACGACUAAGUAUUACCGUUUCCUUGCCAAGCACGGUGGUUGGGUCUGGGUCCAGAGUUACGCCACCAUUGUCCACAACAGCCGCUCUUCAAGGCCUCACUGUAUCGUCAGUGUCAACUACGUUCUCACGGACACUGAGUAUAAAGGAAUGCAGCUUUCCUUGGAUCAAAUGAGCCCUACUAAACCGGCCUUCCCUUAUGCUGACAGUCACAGCGAGGACAGAAAAACGUCCAAGUCCCGUCUGACCCAGUCAAAGGCAAAAUCUAGAGUAUCACCUUAUCCACAGCAAUUUGCAGCUUUUAAUCCAGAGCGUUCAGAAUCUGACCAAGACAGCCAGUGGGGGGGGAGUCCCCUGACAGACUCAGCCUCGCCUCAGUUGCUGGAUCCGAGUGAGGCUGCUGAGGCAUCUUGCGCCUACAGACUGUAUCCAGACUCUGGAUCCCUGUGCUACGGUUUGGGUUUAUCUGAAGACGAUCUCGCCCACACUCAAGCUCACCCUCACACCACCACCUGCGACCGUGUCCGAUGCCAAGGAGGCCGUUAUUUCCUGGGAACACCUCAGUCGGGUCGAGAGAUGUGGUGGGACACCACACGUUCUGUGCUGUCACUUCCAAAAUUCUCUGUGGACAACAGUGAGGGCUAUGAAAUCACAUCCUACCAUGGCGCCAUUCAUGGACGGGGCCACUGGGAUGAAGACAGUGUUGUGAGUUCACCUGAUGGAGGUGGGUCCACCAGCGAUUCGGGUGAGCGUUAUCAUGGUGACCAGUUCCAAUCAAGUCCUCGAGAACCAAGCAAGAUGGAGACCCUAAUCCGAGCCACACAGCAAAUGAUUAAAGAGGAAGAGAAUCGCUUGCAGCAACAAAAGGUCCUGCUGGACGUUUCAGGUCUCACCAAAACUCACAGUCCAUGCUUCGCCUCCUCAAUACCCCAUCAUUCUCAGCUCACCAUGCCCAGUGUGGUGUGUCGUGGUCCAGGGGCUCCCAGCAUCGACGUCCCAUCAGAGCGCCUUCAUCACCGGGAUAGCAUCAAAGCACUCGGCUCCCACGACAAUGACGAAAACACCACCAGCCCAGUGUCAGUGUCUCGUCUCAGCAGCCCCGGCUCUGACAGUGUCCCCAGGCCUGGCCUCCCUCUAACCAAAGACUACAUGCCGACAGAUUUGUCACCACACCCUGCACAAGCCCACAGUAGUCCGCUGCUCUAUCCAGCCCAGGAGAGGCAGCAGAUGGAAAGGCAGGCGGCUUAUGCUUUGACCGGGUACUCCCUGGAGCACCUGUAUGACCCAGAGAACUUGCGGAGUUAUUCUAGCCUGGCAUGUGGAGGAGUCCAGUAUGACGUGGCAUCUCAUGUGAGGAUGCAGGCAGAGCAGAUGCAAGGACACAAGGCCACCUCAGUUAUCAUUACCAACGGCAGCUGACAGUUUCUGGUGCAGAUUGAUUACGUUGUCUAAAUGAGGACGUUACAAGUGAUGGCCACGUUUGCAUGAGCAUCAGUGACCAGAUGUCUGGUGCAAGAGACAAAAUGUUGACAAAAGGAUGCAAGACACCUUGUUGUUGGACUGAUGUCCUCUUGGUGGUCCAUUGAUCACUGCUUGUAAAUGUCAGGCUCUUGCAUUGCACCAUUUUCCUUUCUUUGUUGUCAGAGGAUGAUAUUCCAAAGCUCAAAGGAAAUAAUAUUUAUACACUGCGUGGCACUGGGAAAAAGUUUGCUCCACUACAGGAAGUUGCUGUUAUUUUAACGGGGGUGAACUGCGCACUCUCCCACCAGAAGGCUGGUUAAACAUCAAGCAAAUGUUUCUGUCUCACUCCUCUCACGCAUCAUUGGACAUCUGAGUUAAUCUGUCCAGGACGUGAUUUCCACAGACUGUAGGAAAAUGUGUUGUUCCAUUGCCCCUUUACCUGAAAAUCUCCAAGUUUCUCAAACGCAUUAAAGUGCAACAACGGAAAGAUCUGCAUUUCACUGUUGUAAGAUGUCAAUGUUUCCUUGUAUUUAUUAGUCGGUGGACUGUUUUUCUGCAUGUUCCAUUAUUUUCAGUCGAAAUAGAAAUAUUUUCUGGUGCAAAUAAAACAGUUUCUGUGAUUGGAUCAGACCAUCAUUACCAUAACAAAUGAAAAAAAAAUAAACUGCGUAGAAAACAAAAGGAAACAUUUUCCUUUGACAUGCUAAUGAGCAAAAUCUGCAGGUGAGCAUGGCACAAAGUGAGAAGUUGGUUACAUCCAAAAUAUGUGGAACAAAUGAAGGUAUUUUAAUUUUUGUUCACUUAAUUUUACCAAAUUGCAAAGUAAGCAUUAGAUUACCAAACAAUUCUUCAACAGCUAGUUUUCUCAAUGCAUGGUCGUCUA